AUGGCUACAACAGACGAAGCCUCAGCUCUGGAACUAAUCAGAAGACACCUUCUCGGUGAGUUCUCUCCGGUUGAUGGCUUCGUUAGUCAGUUUAGUGACUGUAGUUCAAGUACCUUCACUGGUGAAAGUUGCACUGGUGGUACCCUACAACCUGAGGUUUCGAGUUUUCAGUCCGAAAGAAAAAGCUGUGAGGACUAUCCCAUCACCAUCUCCGACUAUCUCAACUCCAACGACCAAGUCAAUACCACCACAGACAUCUUCGAUUUCGUUCCUAACUCCAUCACUUUCGAGCAAAAUGAAAGUAAAUUUUUCGAGUUCGGAUCAAAACCUCAAAAUAUAGAUCUCACAACUCAAAAACCACCAGUUUCAAGCUUUCUAUCGAUAGAUUUCGUGCAAAAUCGUACAGAGUUCUUUCAAUUCGAAUACAAUUCGCAAGUAAUCCAACCAACAACACUAGAAUCUCUCAGUUCAAGUUCUCGAUCGAGUUCUCUUAGUGACAGAAAGCCGGCAUUGAAGAUCGAUUUGCCUCCGGUGAAGAAAAUCGAGUGGAUCGAGUUCACCGAGUCGACUCAACAAACAGCAGUGACCUCAAUAGAAAAAUCUAGUGAAGUAGAGGAGAAGAGACAUUACAGAGGGGUACGACAACGGCCGUGGGGCAAGUACGCGGCGGAGAUCCGAGAUCCGAAUCGCCGAGGGUCUAGGGUUUGGCUAGGGACGUUCGACACCGCCAUUGAAGCCGGGAAGGCUUACGACAGAGCGGCAUUCAAGAUGCGUGGAAGAAAAGCGAUCCUGAAUUUCCCACUGGAGGUGGCGAAGUCUGCGUGUGACUCGAGCACCCCAGUGGAGAAGGAAAUGAAGGUGAAAGCUGUGAAGAGAUCAGAGAGACUGCCGGAAUGUGAAGUGGAGAUGAAGAAUGAGAUGAAGUUUGAUUGGCCGUUAACGCCGCCGUCGAGUUGGACGGUAUUUGACGUCCCACUAUCGUCGCCGUUAUCUCCUCACCCAACGUUUGGUUGUUCUCAGCUUAUGGUCACUUGA